AUGGAGACCGUCGACACUACUUCUCGCCUUGCAAAGCUGAGAGAACUUAUGAAGAGAGAGAGGGUUGAUGUUUAUGUUGUCCCUAGUGAGGAUGCACACAGUAGCGAGUAUAUUUGUGCUGCGGAUGCUCGGAGAGCUUUUAUCUCCGGAUUUACUGGAUCGGCUGGAUGCGCAAUUGUCACACAGGAAAAGGCAGCAUUAUCUACAGAUGGCCGCUACUUUAAUCAGGCAGCCCGUCAAUUGGAUGAGAACUGGGAGCUCCUCAAGCAGGGUCUUCCGGAUGUUCCCACCUGGCAGGAGUGGGUUGCGCAGCAAGCAGAAGGGGGGAAAAAUGUGGGUGUCGAUGCCACGGUUAUAACUGCUCAGCAAGCGAAGAGUCUUGAGACGAGAAUAAAGAAGAAAGGGGGAACCAGCUUGCUUGGGAUACCAAAUAAUCUUAUCGAUGAGGUCUGGGGCGCUGAUAGACCAAAUAGGCCGAACAAUCCAGUGAUGGUGCUCGAUGAGAAAUAUUCCGGAAAGGAGUUCCCUCUUAAGAUUGAGGCGGUUCGGAAGGAAUUGGAAAAUAAGAAGAGCCCUGGGUUUGUAGUAAGCAUGCUUGAUGAGAUUGCAUGGCUAUUUAAUCUUCGAGGAACUGACAUCCCUUACAAUCCCGUUUUCUUCUCCUACGCUUUCAUUUCCCCGGAAUCUACGACUCUUUAUAUCGACUCUUCGAAGCUAGAUGAAAAAGUCAUAGCCCACCUGGGCUCUGCCGUUAAAAUUCGUCCUUACCAUGAGAUCUUCGACGAAAUUGAUUUGUUAGCGCAGAAGCUCAAGGUGGGGCAGCCUGAAACGGACUCCAAGGCAAGCGAGGAUGGCGGGAAGUGGUUGGUAUCAAACAAGACUUCUUGGGCUUUAUCAAAAGCACUUGGUGGUGAUGAUGCUAUUGAAGUAAUCAGAUCUCCCGUCGAGGAAGAGAAAGCAGUCAAGAAUGACACCGAAAAGGAGGGGAUGAAGAGAUGCCACAUUCGUGAUGGCGCUGCCCUGACAGAGUACUUCGCGUGGUUGGAAGAUGAACUUUUAAAAGGAACUAAGAUUGACGAGGUACAAGCCGCCGAUAAGUUAGAGCAGAUCAGAUCUAGAGGGGAAAACUUCAUGGGGUUGUCCUUUGAUACUAUUUCUUCAACAGGACCUAACGCAGCUGUCAUUCAUUACAAACCAGAGGCAGGAAAUUGCUCAGUAAUCGACCCUAAAGCAAUUUACCUGUGCGAUUCUGGUGCUCAGUAUCUGGAUGGUACCACUGACACGACUCGCACUCUUCAUUUUGGCGAGCCUACGGAUAUGGAGAGAAAGUCCUACACACUUGUCUUGAAAGGCAUGAUUGCUUUGGAUAGAGCUAUCUUUCCGAAAGGCACGAGUGGGUUUGCUCUAGAUAUUCUGGCGCGCCAAUUCUUGUGGAGCGAGGGACUAGAUUAUCGUCACGGUACAGGCCAUGGUGUUGGGUCAUUUUUGAAUGUCCACGAGGGACCCUUCGGGAUAGGCACGAGGAUUCAGUAUUCGGAGGUUGCCCUCAGUCCGGGGAUGUUUGUAUCCAAUGAACCUGGAUAUUACGAGGAUGGGUCCUUCGGGAUCCGUAUUGAGAAUAUAAUCAUGGUAAAAGAGGUCAAGACCAGUCACAGCUUUGGCGAUAGGCCAUACUUUGGCUUCGAGCGUGUUACGAUGGUUCCUAUGUGCAGAAAGCUUAUCGACGCCGGCCUUCUGACACCGGCUGAGACUGAAUGGCUAAAUUCUUACCACGCGGAGGUUUUCGAAAAAACGCACGGGUUUUUUGAAAAAGAUAGCUUGGCUUCAAAAUGGUUGAAACGUGAGACCACACCAAUUUGAGCAUGGAGGUCACCUCAUUUCCUUUCGUUACAGUUGCUUGACUCGCCUCUAUACACCUUCCUGUGAGGUUGCAUCGCUUUAACAAUAAAAUUCUCGGAGUUUAUU